AUGAGUGGAUGCGCUGCCAUUUUUGUUCAAGCGUGGGCAAUGCAGCGCGUGCAUGCUUCCGUCAUCCUGGCUUGUUUCGCGGGGGAGUGCGCAAGUGCAGCGUUUGACGCAGCCGUCUUGAUGCAGCUUGAAGCAGCUGUGUUUGAAGCAGCUAUAUGUUUGCGCAGCUAUGUUUCAUGCAGCCGUGCACUAUGCAGCCACGCUUGCUCCAGUCUAGGCGCUGCUCUCUUGCCCCUCAUGGUUCCAGCAGAUGAAGGGGUCUUUGCUGCCUUCGAAGGCCUGCGGGAGGAGUGGGACAACCACCGUCGUUUGCGGGAGCGCGUGCGAAGUCUCGGCCGGCUGGUGGUUGACAAGCCGAAAGAAGGAGAGGCGGAAGAGGCAGGGCAGGUUGUGGCCAAGACGGUGGAGAACAUGAAGUACAAUGCCCCGGCCUUGAAGCCGAUGAUGGAGAAGAUGCGCGGCCAAUUUCAUGUCGUUCCUCAAAUUGAAUCUUUGCAGGCUGAGUUGCAAGCGCUCUACAUCUCGGCUGGCCUCAACCCGUCUGGAAAAGUGAUCAGUGACCAAGCAUGGUCAUUGCGGUACUUGUACAGCCUCUUGAAAAAGUACCUGUACAACAAGACGCCUCCUCGAGAUGCUUGCACUGGUGAACUCUUGAGAGCAUGGGGUCUUGACAUGGAGCACUGGACGAAGGGUUUCGACAACCAUUUCUGCAGCUUAAUCGCAUCGAUAUUCCGAUGCCCUUCUGCAGAAGCAUCUCAGCCCUUCCCACCUGCAUCAGAGGAUGGUCCGAACGAGCUGAGCAUGGUGCGGUUGGCGCUGCGGCGGCAGCACCUCCAAGAAAUGUUGGCUUUGAAGAGAAAAGAGCAGGAAGAGGAGAAGCUGAAGCAGGUCGAGAUGGAGGUCCCGCAGCUGUUUGCGCUGACAGAUGUGGCCGACACUUGGCCCGAAGCCGGAGCAGCUCAAGUGGUCGACGGUGUGGCGCUUCCUUCUGCUGACGUGGAAGCUUUGAAGCUGGGCCUUCGAACGGAAACUGCCGGCUUGGAUACGCAGCAGCUCGAAGGCAUGCUUGAGGAGACCGACAAGAUGAUCUCAGAACACCAGAUGCGCGGCGAAGUGGACAGCAUUGCCCCGCCCUCAGUUUUCGCAGAGUCUGUCCAAUCGUUGGGUGCAACACGGGCACCGGCAGUGCAAGUUGCAGAGCACGCCCAAGCUAUCUUAGAUGAUGAUGCAGCCAACGGCUUUGCGCGGAAGGACUGCACCUUGCAGCGCUUGGCUCGGGCUGGAGCUGCACAUUCUGCGAGAGACGUCUUUGCCGCGUUGAAAGAUGCUGCGUUGAAAGUGUCGAUGAAAAUUUCAUAUGUGAGCUUGGGCCAAGCCAGAGAACACCCAAUGAUUCCGCCAAGUGACUUCGUUUUGGCUUUGACCCAGAGGAACCGGCUGGCCUUACUCCUCCCGGACACAACUCUGGACUCCAGCGCGUGUGUUUUAGAAGAGUAUUGGAGGCGCUUCAAGCUCCAAUUUGGCGCUGACCAUGACGUGUUCUCCCAUGUCCCUCCGGAGCACCUCUCGAGCUGCGUUCCAAUCAAAAUCCAUGGCGAUGAAGGGCGGAGCCUCUUGGAAUUCCUUGAAAGUGCUUUGAUGCAGCCUGAUCGCGCGGAGCUGGUGCUGCUUGACAGGCGCCUUGCCUUGAUAUUGCUUGUGGCAAAAAGCAUAAACUCUUGCAUGCGCAAGCUGUAUGGCGCUGGCGCUUGGCUCCGAGAUGAUGAAGCCGCUGGCAUUGCUGCUGAUGGGCUGUGUGCCUGCAGAGGCUACAGGGCAUUGGCGACAGAAUCUCUUGAACGUGGUGAGCCCCGCUUCCCUCUACAUUCGAAAUUCCACAUGCUUGUGCACACCUUCCGUAACAUGGAGCUGGAUGCAAGGAAGUUGACCUGGCAGGAGUCGCCGAUGUGUGACAACUGCCAGAUGGAUGAGGGCUUUGUGGGGCAACUUGCCCGAUACAGCCGACGUGUUUCACCAAAGUCAACCAUCCACAGGAUGUUGGAUGUAUACUUGACGUCUCUAUGGCGGUUGUGGCGGACUUGA